AGCAGCGACCUGAACGCCGCCCUCUCCGCAGGUCCGGAUGGCGGGCGCGGGCCCCCCCCCGCCGAGCCUGCGCCUGGAGAACGCGUCCAUCCUGUCCGAGGGAGCGCUGCAGGACGGGCACCGCCUCUGGAUCGGGAACCUCGACCCCAAGAUCACCGAGUAUCAUCUCCUCAAACUCCUGCAGAAGUUUGGCAAAGUGAGGCAGUUUGACUUCCUCUUCCAUAAGUCGGGUGUCCUAGAGGGGCAGCCCAGAGGCUACUGCUUUGUGAACUUCGAGACCAAGCAGGAGGCAGAACAAGCAAUCCACUGCCUCAACGGGAAGCUGGCUCUCUCCAAGAAGCUGGUAGUGCGGUGGGCCCACGCCCAGGUCAAGAGGUAUGAUCAGAAUAAGAACGAGAAGAUCCUCCCCAUCAGCCUGGAGCCAUCUUCGAGCACGGAGACCCCACAGUCAAACCUGAGCGUCAGCAUGAAGAUCAAAGCCAUCGAAACCAAGCUGAAGAUGAUGUCGGAGAAUCCUGAUGCCGAGUUCCCACCAGCAGCCCCUUACGCGUACUUCAAGCCCCCCGAGAAAAAACGGACUGGCCCCUACUCCAGAGCUGCCUGGAAAUCCAAGAGAUGAUGUGGCGGUGCCAUCAGCGCCAUCUCCAGGCACCCUCUGCAGGUAGAAAGUCGGCUAGGAGGAACCAGAGACCGGAGCGCGUUCCGUCCCGGCCUUCCGUGCAACUGUCCUGACUCCUCUUCCCUUUGCGCGCACGGAAGCAGACACUCCUCGGAGGAAAUGACUGUAAUGCCUCCCCUAAACCUUUACAGAACUUGUCCAACAAACUCAACCGAUUCAGUAGUAAAACCAGAUUUUUUUCCCCCCUCCGUGGCUAGAUCUAGCUCCAGAGCCCAAGGUGUGUGUGUGUUGGGUGUGUUUAAGUGUGAAUGUUUUCACCUCUUCGGUAUUUAUUCCGACCUGAAGGUAACGAAGAGUGCUGAUGGGCUGACGGUCUGCCUCGAGUAUCUCUCUGACCGAUAGUAAAAUGUGAUUGGAGUUGCCUGGCCUUUCCAGCAACAGAAAAGUAGGAGUUUCUUGCACCUUGAAACCUGGAAAACCCUGGAAGGGGACAAUGAAGUUGGUAAUGUUUGUCUGUGAGCAACAGCUGCCUUGGACACAUCUGGGCAUAUAUGUAUCCGUUCUCUAAAAAAAAAAGUGGCGCCACAGGAAUAAACUUUUAUCCCAGUUUCA